AAAAAAGUUCCGUCGCGAUGCUGCCAAAUUUGUCGCGAAACCCCUCGAAGCUGUCCAUAAAGGCUAGCAACCCUGGCAUUACCGCAGACAUGGCGCCUUCAACCAAGAGGAAAGCAGCUGACGAUGACUUCAUCCUCACAAUAUCCGACAACGAGGGCGACAACUUCGCCGAGGAGCACGAGGUGAUCCAGGACUCGCCGCCGAAGAAAAAGUCCAAAACGGCCAAAAAGGUCAAGGCAAAGAAAAAGCCGGGCAAGGGAGCGAAAGCGGGUGAGGCAGACGACGAUGAGGAGGAGAAGCCAGAAGAGGGUGUCUGGGGCUUUAAGGAGGACGACGACGGUGCCAUGGACUCCGACUUUGAGUUCGUGACUGGUGGCACCGAGGACGUGGCCGCGGAGUUUGAGGGCUGGGGCUUUGACGGCGCCAAAAAGGCCAUGGGUGAGAGCAGAGGCGUGGAUCUAGAUGAGAUCAUCCGCAGGAGAAGAGAGAAGAAGGAAGGCAAGCCCGCCGCGCCUGCAGCCGCCGAGGCUGGCGACGACGACGACGACGACGACGAAGCCGCCCAGGACGACAUCGACCUUGACGACGACGACGAUGAGGUCCUAGCAAAGGAUGCAUUCGGAAUGGGCGCUGGCUCUGACGACGAGUCCGAUGAGGAGGCUACACCCGAAGACAAAUCUGAGGUGGGCGGUUCCGACGAAGAGGACGAAGACGACGACGAGGUAGCCAGCCCCGUGCCCCAUCCAGACGACGCCGGGUCGGAAUCAGAAUCGGACGACGAGGAGGACGCGGAGGAGGCUGCCAGGCAGAAGGACUUCUUCGCCGCCGAGGAGCCCAAGGCGGAGAAGGGCAAAGGCGGCGCGGCGUCGUUCCAGGGCAUGUCCUUGUCGCGGCCGAUCCUCCGAGGUCUCGCGAGCGUGGGCUUCGGCAAGCCGACGCCAAUCCAGGCCAAGGCGAUCCCCAUGGCUCUCAUGGGCAAGGACGUGGUCGGCGGCGCGCAGACGGGCUCGGGCAAGACAGGAGCCUUCAUGGUGCCCAUCCUGGAGCGUCUGCUGUACCGGCCCAAGAAGGUGCCGACGAGCCGCGUCGUGGUGCUCACGCCGACCCGUGAGCUGGCCAUCCAGUGCCACGCCGUGGCAAUCAAGCUCGCGAGCCACACCGACAUCAAGUUCUGUCUGGCCGUCGGAGGCCUGAGUCUCAAGGUGCAGGAGGCCGAGCUGCGGCUCAGGCCCGACGUCAUCAUCGCGACGCCGGGCCGCUUCAUCGACCACAUGCGCAACUCGGCCAGCUUCGCCGUCGACACGGUCGAGAUCCUGGUCCUGGACGAGGCCGACCGGAUGCUCGAGGACGGGUUCGCGGACGAGCUCAACGAGAUCCUGACCACGCUGCCCAAGUCGCGCCAGACCAUGCUCUUCUCGGCCACCAUGACGUCGUCGGUCGACACCCUGAUCCGCGCCGGGCUCAACAAGCCCGUCCGCAUCAUGGUGGACUCGCAGAAGAAGACGGUCGGCACGCUGGUACAGGAGUUUGUGCGCCUGCGGCCCGGCCGCGAGGAGAAGCGCAUGGGCUACCUCGUCCACCUCUGUAAGAAGCUGUACACGGAACGCGUCAUCAUCUUCUUCCGGCAAAAGAAGAUUGCGCACCAUGCGCGCAUCAUUUUUGGGCUGCUUGGCCUGUCGUGCGCAGAACUCCACGGAAGCAUGAACCAGACACAGCGUAUCCAAAGUGUCGAGGACUUCCGUGACGGCAAGGUCUCAUUCCUGCUAGCCACCGAUCUCGCCUCGCGCGGUCUCGACAUCAAAGGCGUAGACACAGUCAUCAACUACGAGGCUCCCCAGAGCCUGGAGAUCUACGUGCACAGAGUCGGCCGUACCGCGCGAGCGGGCCGGAGCGGCGUGGCCGUGACGUUGGCGGCCGAGCCGGACCGAAAGGUGGUCAAGGCGGCAGUCAAGGCGGGCAAGGCGCAGGGGGCCAAGAUCAGCAGCCGCAUCAUCGAGGCGGCCGACGCGGACGGGUGGCAGGACAAGGUGGACGAGCUCGAGGGCGAGGUGGAGGCGGUGAUGCAGGAGGAGAAGGAGGAAAAGGUGCUGUGGCAGGCGGACAUGCAGGUGCGCAAGGGCGAGAACAUGAUGCGGCACGAGGAUGAGAUCAAGGCGCGGCCGCGACGGACGUGGUUCGAGACGGAGAAGGACAAGAAGGCGGCGCGCGAGGCCGGGCGGGCCGAGCUCAACGGGGUCCGCGAGGCGCUCAAGAAGAAGCACGGCGGCGGCUCCCUCAGCAACAAGGAUAAGAAGAAGCUCGACGCAAAGGCUGAGGCGUCGGGCGCCCGCGUAUGGAAGAAGGGCGCGGCCGAGCGGGCCGGCAAGGGCGCCGUGCUCAACUUAAAGGGGGGGAAGAAGGCCGGGCCUGGCAAGAAGAAGGGGCCCAUCGGCGGCGUGGCGAGCGGGAGGGUGGUCAAGAAGGGCAGGAGUGCGGGGCCCAAGGGCAAGGGCAAGAGGUAGACCCCUGUACACGUACUUGACUGCUGCACUAAACUACAAGCGCUGUAUAAGAUACCUACCAAGCAGCUCAGUAGUUGCCCAGCAUAUUCUCUGUGACUACCUGUGGAGUGACAUUGGUAUACAUA